CGACCAGAAUACAUCUGUUUGUUAGUCAAUCAGUCGACAUCUAAACUUGUUAUCUCUAAAACUCAAACAGAAAGCAUCUCAGAGCAUUUUGUGUAAAGUUGUUAUAAAGGGAAAAGUAAAGCAUAUCAAGUUUGACAAUAAUUUUAUAUUCCGUACAUAGCGUUAUUCUGUGAUAAAUGUUUAUCCUAAAAAUGUCAAGACUUCUCAAAAUAAAAUUAUAAAAAGAAUAACAGACAUAGAAGACUGUUCAGUGUGCGAUGAACAAGGAACUUCAGCAACUGAAAACAGCAUGGAAACACAUGGAAAGCUAUUUACAACCGAAUCAGAGUUGAGUAUUAUUUAUAAAUAAGCGUUCAUGUCCAGAGAAAAGAGGAAAGGAAUUAUCGUUAACACCAAAGAGCGAGACUGAUGUAAAGAACCAACGUAUCGAAAAUGGGCCCGAUGGGAUAGUUUGGAGAGAAAUAGAUGCAAGUCCCAAAUCUGGCAGAACAUCAGUUCAUAACAUUUUUAGGGAUAUUUUAAACGGCAUAUAAUGAAAGGAUAAGUAAAGAUGGUAUUUUAUCUUGUCAUCAAUCACCGUAUAUAUCUGGAGUAUUGGAGGUUAAGAGGAAGCUAGAUGCAACAAAACAUGUAACUUUGGGUUACAAGGUCUAGAAACAAAAGAGCUAUAAGUAGAUUUUUAUUGCUGUUUUUUGUAACUUUCAGCUAAAGUUACACACCAAGGUUAAUUUUUUAGUAAUGUCGUUUGUUGUAAUGUGACACUGCUAGAAUGAGGAUUUAGAUCAGCAUACACUUAUACUUAUGCUUACUUCAAUAUAUAUAUUUCUGUUAUAAAUUCAUCCACGUGUUCCUCUAUCAGAUAACCUCAACAUAACAUUGAUACAGUGUAGUUCUCCCAUAGACUAAUACAGAUAGAUAGCGUGUUCUUACAGGUAAGCUGAAGAUUAUGUUGAAGGACAGAAAUAAUGCCAUACGAGAUACGACUAUGGUGCCGAGUGUCGAGGUAUCGCGCUCUUUCUCAAAUUGUGCAAAAAGUGAGGAGAAUACAAAUAGUGGGGCGAUCCGCUGUACUCCUCUACUACACAAGCUCCUCCUCUCUUUUCUCUUUUCUUCCCCCCACUAAAACACUCAUUAGAGAGAAAAGAGGAUAACCUGAAUAUAACACUUUCACUCUUGUGUUCUCUUUACUACUUCUUACGCCUGGGAACGCGCACUCUACUUGUAUUAGUCAUAAUCACCUCUGGGUUCUUGAUACCGCAAAUAUUGACCAUAAAGACACAUAUAAAUAUAAAAUGUGUAAGCAAGCUGAGAAAGCGAUAUAUGUAAAAACAGAAAGAAAACGCUGCAUAGAGAUCUCAUAUAUCCUUGUCUAUUAACGUAUGCAGAUUCAUAUACAAAUACAUACAUAUAAAAUAAGCGUAAUACUGAUUUCGGCUAAAUUUUAUUUUAAGAAACCAAACAUUAUUGGCUUUUUCUUGCAAUUUUGUAGUUUUCGACGUGUAGAAUCCAAAAAUAGAAGUUUUAAGACGGGGAAUCUAUUGGUUCAAAAUUUAUAAUGUUAUGAAGUUAUGAAAUUAAAAAAUUACAAUUAAUCAGAGUCGCGAAGAAAAUACUGAAGGGUUGCUUUUUACAAUCUUUUUAUCUAGGCAUAUAACUAACAUAAAUUUAAAAAACAUACUUUUUUAAUUUUUAUUGCAGCCUCAAAUAAUAAAAUUGUAAAGAGUGACCUUCACUAUUUUCUUCGCAAUUCCGAACUGCAAUUUUAGAAAAACUUCUUUCACCUAAAUAAAUUAAUCCUUCUAACUUCUUAAAAAAAAUCCAAGUCGUUUGGUUCCAUUUUAAAAAAGUUAUUCUGUUUUAAAGAGUGUACUAAUACUUUUGUUCAUGACCGUAUUUGACGCGUGCGCAUAUAUUCUAUAUGUGGCUGCUAUAACAACAAUUAUUCUUAGAAAGACAUUGCAAAAGAUAGGAGCUUAACAUAACCUGCGAGUGCGAAGCAGACAAAAUGUGCUGUAGAAGUAAAAGCACGAAAAUGUGCUAGUACAAAUAUACUGCAAAACCGCAGAAAUAGAAUGGUUUUACAAAACGUUGGCAGUAAUUUAAUUAAAACUGUCAGUAAUGUAUGCAUUAGACAUAAUGAAUGGAGUAGUAACAAAUGUGCUCACAGAUUAUAUAUGGCAUUGCCACGGCUUACACCACAAGAGGUUACAGCAAUUUUGCAAGCUAAUGAAUAUACCAAAGAAUUUGAUGGUGAAAACUCUAUAAAAUAUUAUGAUUCAAAUCAGUUGGCAUCCAAUAAUCCUAUGGAAGAUACUCGAUCAGAGGCUCAAUGUUUACUUACAAAAGGAAUAUUGUUAGGUGUGUUUGAUGGUCAUGGAGGUCGUACAUGUGCACAAAUUAUCUCAAAGAGACUUUUUCAUUAUAUAUCAGCAUGUUUGUUGCCCACAAAAUUACUAAAACAGUAUCUCAACACAGUUAACUCCAGCAAUAAAUUAGAACUUCUUCAAAUGUUCAAUGAUAAAGUGGAAUUUGUUUCUGAAAUUAGAGAUCUUUAUCAAGCAAGUUUUUUAGCUUUUGUCAAGGACUUAAUAGAAGUGGGAUGUACAAAAGAAUUUCAAAUGGAAACAGCUUUAGAGAAUGCAUUUCUCAGAUUAGAUAAUGAUUUGUCGAACGAAGCACUUUUAAAUUUAGGUAAAAGCAGUGCUGCUAUAACUCUUGAUGUUGCAACGUCUGGUGCUGUAGCAGCUGUUGCACACAUAGAUGGUCCACAUCUUCAUGUCACUGGAGUGGGUGAUUGCCAAGCAGUACUCGGCAUACUUUCUGAAAAUAAUGAUUGGUCUGCAAAAUUAAUGACCGUCGAACAUAAUACCGACAAUCGUGCAGAAGUCGAAAGAAUUCUAUCAGAGCAUCCAUUGAACGAAAAAUCAACUGUAAUUAAAUUGGAACGACUACUUGGACAAUUAGCGCCCCUUCGUUCGUUAGGUGAUUUUCGCUACAAAUGGAGCAAACAAAUCUUAGAGAAAGUAGUGGUGCCACAUUUCGGUGAAACAGCAAUUCCACCGAAUUAUUAUACUCCUCCAUACUUGACGGCGAAACCAGAAGUUAGAUAUCAUAGAUUAACACCAAGAGAUAAAUUUCUUAUAAUAGCUAGCGAUGGUCUAUGGGAUUUAAUGUCACCCUUACAAGCUGUACGUUUAGUAGGUGAGCAUAUGAGUGGAAAAGUAACAUUGAAUCCAUUGAAGCUGCCCCGUAAAAAUAUGAAAUUAUCAGAAAUACAUAAAAUGUUGUUGCAACGUAAAGAAGGCUUGAAAAAGAAACCUCUCGAUAGUAAUGCAGCGACACAUUUAUUGAGAAACGCACUCGGUGGUACGGAAUACGGAAUCGAUCAUGUUAAAUUGUCACAAUUAUUGACACUACCAGGGGAAGUUGUACGAAUAUUUCGCGACGAUAUUACAAUAACGGUGGUUUAUAUGAACUCUGAAUUUUUAAGACACUGCCCUCCGUGAAUCAGUAGAAAACUUUCUUGUUACAUUUAUAAGAUCUUUCACAAUUCUUAUUAUUUCUAGGCUUCUUGAAGGAAAAACUAAAAUUCUAUUGUGUACAGCUUGUUAUUUAUUUAAUUAACAAUAAAAACAAUUUACACAUGGAAA